AUGGAGGCCAACGCUCCUAACUUGAACGUUGAAGAGCUAGCGGCUUACGCCACCACUAAGAGCCAGGCAGGAGUCCCGGACGAAGAGAUCCUGCGUGAGAUCACGCAGAUGCUGAGAGAGGACGGAUGGAAGGAAGCAGCGAUUGGGCCAACGAUUGAAGCAGUCGUUAAGCGAUCAUUAGUCGUAGGGGGGAAGGGCUCACCAAGGCAGGAGGGCUCACUGAAAGCUAAUCAGAACGCCGUGGCCCAAGUAAUGGAGCAGAUGAUGCAGCUGCUCAGCCCAAUGGCUAGUCGCCUAGAGGCACUUGAGAGGAACCAAGCCGAAGGACGUUCGGAGUCAUCCCCAAGAGUCAACACUCCUCUACCACCGCUAACAACAGUCGCCGAGCUAGCAGCCCAAAUUCGAGUGCGAAGGGAAGCUAGAAUCUUCGCCGCGUCAAUUGCAGACAUCGACAAGGCGCUACAACCAAAGAAGCCCGUAGAUGAGUUCUAUGAGCUCUUCAACCCGAAGCAAGCAGAGAAGCUUCCACCGCACCAAGGGCCAGGGGUGGACCACAAGAUCAAGCUAGAGCUGAAGGAUGCUUAG